AGAAGAGACUACUGGUCAUAUGGGCUACUUACAAUCUCUCAAACGCAAACAGUAUAGCAUUUCGAAUAUCGCAAAUUGUGCUCAUCACGACAAAAACCGUCCGGGUACCCGGAUCUGCGCACGCAAGGCUGAGGGCAAGCUUCUGUAAGCUGAGUGAGCGAGGUAAGCUAGACACGGCGACCAAACUCUAACAAGCAGAUAUUCCUCGACGCCCAGCUGCACAUGGACGACCACAACAGUGACCUCUCUGAAGAUGUCGAUGACGGCGACUUCGACCUUACCGAAGGCUCCGAUGACGGGUUCGGGUUUGCCUGGUCGGAUACUGAAGAGCAAUCAGCAUCGUCGUCCCCCGUCGUUGUCGAUAAAUUCGAAUACAGCAAGCUUAAGCUGGAGAAGAACACCAGCUUUCGUUUGCUUGCACUCCAGCCCCGACCAGGAACAAGCUUGGACGUUAAGUGCAAACUGCGCGACGUGGACUUGCACGCCGAAGACUGUCCUGACUACGAAGCUUUAUCGUACACUUGGGGCAAUCAGCCCGAAUAUUUCGGGAUCACAGUCAACAGCCAAAGUCUGAAGAUAACUGGAAACCUGAUAGAUGCAUUGCGCAAUCUUCGACCCCAGGAGCAGGAGGAGGAGCGUCUGUUGUGGGUUGACGCGAUUUGUAUCAACCAGUCUGAUGAAGAGGAGAAGACGCACCAGGUGCGUCAAAUGGGAGAUAUUUACAGGAGAGCAAAACGCGUCGUUGUCUGGUUGGGUGACAGCGAUCAACUAAAAGAUGUGGUCUUCGAGUUCUUGACAUGGGGCCCACAAGACAAUAAUCACAUAGAAUACCUGAGGGAUUCGUGGGAAAACAACCCAGUACUUCAGCCGCUGAAGAAGGACGUGCAGGCCAGCAUGACACAUCUACUACGUCAUCCAUGGUUCACAAGAGUCUGGGUGAUACAAGAGGUUGCGCAAAGCCGGUCAGCCGUUGUCAUGCGUGGGCACUACUCGGUAGAGGCCGCCACGUUUGCACAACUUCCUGACCUCAUUGGAGUCCCUGUAGACCGCCAUUGCCGACAAGUGUUCAACGUUAUGCCGGGUAUGAGAUACGCCCCAGUCUCACAAGCUGCGGACUUCAACCAGAAUGGGACCUGGAUCCAUCGAAGUCUGCGGACAUUACUAGGCGACUUCCGAGAGAGCCAGUCGACCGAGCCAAAGGAUAAGAUCUUUGCGUUGCUCGGCCUAUCAACAGAGCAUGAGGAAGCCAGCGCAAGGCUGAGCUAUAGCAAAAAAGAGAAAGAAUUUGUUAAUGCUAUUAUUGCAUCACUGAUUCCUGCGGUACCUCAGGAAGCGUUGCCAGCGUGGACAUUGUCAGCGUUCUGGGCGAAUCUUGAUUGUUUGGAGGACUGUCUAAUAAAGUACGCUUUCCAGAUGGGCUCUAAAGCAUGGCCAUGGGCGAAAGAACUGGUCAAAACCGGAGCGUUGAACUGUGACACAAAGCUCAGUAUCUUGUCGUUUGCAGCGAAAUAUAACUGGGGUAAGAUGAUUGCGCUGCUGUUGGAGACGGGGCACAUCGACCCUAAUAUGGCAGACGAGACACUCCUAGACUGGGAAGCGGAGGUGGGGUUCAACAACGUACUGAACACUCUCUUGGAGAAAGCCAUGUUCUAUCCCAAAUCGACUGGCCAAGCAGAACGAUUGCCCUUGAAACGUGCGAUAGGGGACGCCGAGAAGAAUGCAAUCAGCCUCUGGUUGGAAAAAGAGGAGAACGAUUGUGAAUUCCAAGAUGAAAUGGGACGUACACCUCUGAGCUGGGCUGCGGGCUAUCACUAUGGGACAUGGAUGGUCGAAGCCUUGCUCAAGGCAAGAAAGUGCAAUCUCGAGUUGGUGGAUGAAAUCGGCUUCACGCCAUUGAUGUGGGGGACACAAGCGGAGAACAUCAAUACAAUGAGACUACUACUAGACGCGGAUGAGGCUUUGAACGGGGGGCGGGUGCGGGUGACCACGUUGCAGGCGGCUAUGAGUCUUGGAGGCCCCCCUGGUUACGAGGACAUCUAUCGCCCGCUGAUCGACUAUGACCGGGAGCGUCGAAAUCACUAUGAUUAGUUGGACCCGGGUUACACGUGACUUUGAAGAAGUGACAUGGAAGUAUAUUAUAUACUCAAGGACAUUUGCAGAGGCAAACGACCACCUAUUAGUAGUCGAAACCCCGG